AUGUCGGUGACCGCGUCAAUCAAGGGUUACUAUCGAGACUUGCUAAAGUUAACGCCAGCCGAUUACAAGUCGGAUCGGCGAAUCGCACUAACUCUUGCCACCCAACUUCCCUUCCCGAAUGGCGUAGUUCCCAGAAUUCUCAGGUCGCAUUUCCUCCGGGCCGACACCGAUCAGCGCGCCGAAGCUAUUGGCAACUCGUGCGCGAACGGUCCUGCCUUCGACUCCCUCAUCAUCUUGCUCCGCCAACUCCUCGCAGCAUACCCCGAUUUUUGGCAAAUCCGCGACCACCAGCUCUUUACCUUGGCAUUUCACGAUUUUGGCCGGAGCCAAGUCGAUGACUACAUCGUCAAGGGCAAGCUCCUCGAGCUCCUCUACCCAAUCGCGACCAUCCAGCUUCAUCGGGUCGACGUAACCCUAGGCGAACUGAUCUGGCACCCGCUCAUCACCGACACCCUCUGGUCGCACCCCACCCUCUCCUUCUUCCGCCGCAAAACCUGGGCCAAGAAACCCGGCGCGACCUCCUGGGAACCCUACAACCUCGACGACAAAUUCGCGCUGCCCACCCCCCCCUUCCAACCCCCCGACCAAGGCCGACACCUCAACCUCAGCCACCACCUCUCCCGCAAACUCGGCAUCCACACCAUCGACGGCUCCAGCGUCGCCUUCGCGGGGCUCUUCCCCCCCAUCAUCCCCAUCAUCACGCGCGGCGGGCAACCCCUCGCCAGCAUCCGCACGCUGACCCUCCACGGACCCUGCAACCACCGGGUCCUCCGCGACGGGACACUCGCGCCGGUGGUGCUCAAGCGGCGGUACCGGCUGCGGGCGCUGCUCAACCUGGCCGACAGCGACAUCCGCACGUUCCACCAGGACACGAGCCCCGUCGUGGAGCAGCUGGAUCCGGAUCCGGCCCUGUGCGAGACCACGCAGCGGCCACGCGAGCGCUACCUGGCCAAGUUGGCGCGCGGGGCGCAGGCGCGCGGCUGGACGUUUGAGGAUAGCCCCGAAAGGUAUUUCCUCCUGGUGUAUGUUGAGUGUGAUGCCGUGCAGGGCGCGUCGUAUCGGCCGGCCAGUGACCAGUUUGGGGAGUAUAUCCCCCCGCUUGCGGGGAACGGAGAGCAGAGAUGGGCGGCGGCCCCGUACCUUCCGCUGCGGAAGAAAGACGAAAAGGCUAAGAAGAGCGAUAGUAGAACGAGAGCUCCGAAGAAAAGGGAUCUUUCCAAGUACGUCUACUAG